AUGCCAUCCGCUGACCCCCACCAUGACAAUAUUCCCCGAAUGCCGCAUGAGUUUCACGGCAUAGGAACACAGUUUACUGAUGGCACACCCUUUGAAGAGAAUGACGCAAGUCCAAGCCGAAGUUGGACUUUCCCAUCUGACGAAGCUGCAUCAAGAGGUGUCAAUCCAUUUAUCUUGGGAGCUUCUCACUAUAGUCCUCUUUGCCAAUCGGAUUCGAGUAACAUCCCUGGACAUACCCCUAAUGAACGAGGCAAUCAAACUACUCGCACUAAUGAGUUAUACCCCCAACCCAACCAACUAGAGCUCAUUCGCCCUACUCCAACUGAUGGGUGCCCUGGAAUUGAAGCGACCCCUCAUUAUUCGUCAACUGCGGAAAAUACGUCGCAACUACCAAUCAGUCAACAUAUUUCCAUUAUUCCGAUCAGGCAUCUUCUGCAAAAUGUCAUCGCCUUGGGUGCAAAUCUAUACUCAUCCUUAGAUGGCAAAAUGACGAUUCGUUUCAUCGUUGCCUCUUUCAACUACUCCCUGGGUAUUGCAACUGGAUACUCUAUCUACGGGGCACCCACUAGAGCAAAUGGUGUCCUUCCUUCGCCUCAUGACGAUACCUAUGCGAUAAUGAUCGCUCAAAUUUCCGCAUCUCUCUUGUCUCCAUUGCUAUUCGGGUUUAUGUCAGCAAAGGACCGCUCAGUGCCAUUUCGACAGCGAGUAGUAUCUCCUUAUUACCUCCUGCUUGAGUUUUCAGUUGUGCUAUCCCUCGUGUCUCUAUUUCUCUAUCCUCUUUGGCCUUCAGGCUACCGGGUUACCAAUGCGAUGACGGCAGUGAGUCUGUUUUUUGCGAUUGUUGGCAGCUGGUUGUCCCUCGAGAAGGGCUGGAAAGAGGCAACAGAGAUGUUGCAGGCUGACGAGGAGAUCGAGUCGGGCAAUAAUUAA